AAUUUUUAAAUCCAUUCCAUUUUCUAACCUGCAGCAGCUGAGUGUCGACUGCAUUUAGUUAAAUUUAUUAUACUAAAAUGGCUGAACCACGUGAAAGAACCUUCAUCAUGGUGAAACCCGACGGCGUACAACGUGGGCUGGUUGGAACUAUCAUCGAACGAUUUGAGAAGAAAGGAUUUAAGUUAGUAGCACUCAAAUUCGUAUGGCCAUCAGAAGAGCUUUUACAGAAGCACUACAGUGACCUUUCUGAGCGUCCAUUUUUCCCGGGUCUAGUUAAAUACAUGAGUUCUGGUCCAGUCGUUCCUAUGGUUUGGGAAGGCCUUAACGUCGUGAAAACCGGCCGUCAAAUGCUUGGUGCCACAAACCCGGCUGAUUCACUACCUGGUACUAUCCGUGGAGAUUUAUGUAUUCAGGUUGGUCGCAACAUCAUUCAUGGUUCUGACGCUGUUGAUUCGGCCAAGAAAGAGAUUGCUCUGUGGUUUACGGAAAAGGAACUUGUCGGCUGGACUCCUGCUGCAGAAAACUGGGUUUACGAAUAAGUGCAUCUGUAUAUUAUAUUCAAACUAUAAUUUUAAGCUUGGCAAAAUAAAUUAAUUUAAACUA